UGGUGCUGAUUUGCAGUGUGAGAGAAUGUUAAUGUGCAUGUGUGUUUCUUUUCAUUUCCCCCACAUCUGAUUAACUCAGCAGCACAGGCCCUACCACAACUAUUUUGUGUGAGUGUGUGAAUGUUUGUGAAGAGGGCUUUUGGGAAGAAACCCACAGGGGUGAAUACAGGGACUGAGCAGUUACAAUAGGCUUAUCUUUUUCAGAAGGGGAUAAACCAAAAACGAUUCUUCUUCAAGAUUGUACUUUUUUACUUCUUCUAAGACCAUAUCUCAAGUGUCCUGCAGGUACUACAAACAGAAGUCCCUCUCUCUCUCUUUUUCAGGAGACAAUAGCUCUCUCCAAUACAGGAACUGUGUGCGUGGUCUAGUCAUUGACGAUGAAGUGGAACUUGUUCAAGAAUAAGCCGGAGGCCAUGGUGGGUCCAGAGCCCACGGGCACCGGCGCCACCAUGACCGCGGCCCCAGCCGUAGCAAUCGCCACCACAGUGGCUGAACCCCCAGGCAACGGCACAGAGUCCAAGAACGACAUGUUUGAAGAGAUCAAGAGCAAAUUCUUGAACGAGAUCGAUAAGAUCCCACUCCCUUCCUGGGCUAUCAUAGCCAUCGCUGUGGUGGCCGCCCUCCUCAUCCUCACCUGCUGCUUUUGCAUUAUAAAGAAGUGCUGCUGCAAGAAGAAGAAGAACAAGAAGGGCAAGAAGGGAAAGGAUGGCUUCAACAUGAAGAACAUGAAAGGGGACGAGAAACAGGACGACGAUGAUGAUGAAGGUGAGACAGGGCUGACGGAGGAGGAGAAAGAGGAAGAGGAGAAAGAGGAGGAGAAGCUUGGCAAACUGCAGUACUCACUUGACUAUGACUUCCAAGACAAUAAGCUCACAGUGGGAAUACUCCAAGCUGCAGAUCUUAUAUCCAUGGACAGCGGAGGCACCUCUGACCCGUACGUUAAGGUCUAUGUCCUCCCAGACAAGAAGAAGAAGUUUGACACCAAGGUUCAAAAGAAAAACCUGAACCCUGUCUUCAAUGAGUCAUUUGUUUUCAAGUUACCGUAUGCUGAGCUCGGUGGGAAAACCCUGGUGAUGUCAGUCUUUGACUACGACCGAUUCUCCAAGCAUGACAUCAUUGGAGAGGUGAAGAUCCCCAUGAACACAAUUGACCUGGGACAGCCCAUUGAAGAAUGGAAGGAUUUGGAGAGUGCAGACAAAGAGGAGCCUGAGAAGCUGGGAGACAUCUGUAUCUCUCUCCGUUACGUGCCCACCGCUGGCAAACUCACUGUCUGUAUCCUGGAGGCAAAGAACCUCAAGAAGAUGGACGUGGGUGGACUGUCUGAUCCCUAUGUGAAGAUCGCGUUGCUGCAGGGAGGCAAGAAACUGAAGAAGAAGAAGACUACGGUGAAGAAGAACACUCUGAAUCCAUACUACAACGAGUCCUUCAGCUUUGAGAUCCCAAUGGACAUGAUGCAGAAAAUCUUGGUGGUGGUGACAGUGUUUGAUUAUGACAAGAUUGGCAAGAAUGACGCCAUUGGGAAGAUAUUUGUGGGAAGCAAGGCGACGGGCCCUGGUCUGAAGCAUUGGUCUGACAUGCUCUCUAACCCCAGGCGUCCCAUUGCCCAGUGGCAUCCACUACAACAGGAGGAGGAUAUAGAUGCGGCGCUGGCAGGUUUAAAUGCAAAAAAGUAACUUAACUUGGCCGAUUUGAUUACCAACUAACCAACUCAGAAACCCUCCCUCCCCAACCCUCCUACACUGCAUGAAACUCAUGACGUGCACAUGAUUCUGUCAUGUCUACUUGAAACACUGAACAAAAAAAAGAAACAUCUAGAAUAUCAGCUCAUUCAUUGUUAAAUUGAAGAACAUAAACAACCCUUUUUUUUAGCAUUUCACAUAUUUAGUGUAUAGUGAAAAGAGGGAGAUUGAAUGAUUGAUUGAUUGAUAAAUUGAUCUGUGUUUCAUUUCAACAUGCUUUUUAGCACCAGAUGCUUAGAUGUUGAUAAUGAAAGCUUGGAGAAAGGCUCAAUGAAAGUGAUGAUGGUUAAAGCUUCUUCAUUUAGUUUAUAUAACAUUAUGCAUGCUUUACUUAUGCUCUCACUGCUCUGCAUAAACCAUGCCAAACCGAUUCCUAAUAGCAUAUAUCUUGUUCUCAAACCAUAAGUGUGCCAUAUCUUGCAGUAGAGAUUAGUAUUGGGAAAUGUCUCACACUGAACCAUUUUAAAUCUACUUAUGGAAAGGGUUUAAGUGAGAUGGUAGGUAUAAAGUUAAUAUAAUGCAGCAAUCCAUUCCAGAAUUACUGUCUAAUAGAACUUCACAAUGCAAUGUUUUUUUGUUAUUCCAAUUUCAUUAGUAUUAUUAUUAUUAUUAUUAUUAUUAUUAUUAUUAUUAUUAUUAUUAUUAUUAUUAUUAUUAUUAUUAUUAUAUGUAUUCCCAUACAUAUUAGAGAGAUACAUAUUGUGGCAAAAAUGACAUUUGACUUUGCAAUUAAUUAUUAUUUAUCAAACACGAUUAAUUUAUAUGCAGUCAUGGCUUUCAGAGUGAUACACAGUCUGGGAGGAGUUCAAGGGUGCCUUUUUGAUUCAAGUUGGUGAAGUACAUUAGGCUCUCAACUUAAUGUGCACUGAGGUAAACUGUAUACCUGGCAAACGUCAUAAUGGCACAGUCCAAGGAAACUGCAAAUGUGUUGCAGACCUUUUUUGACCACUUGGAUGUAAAUGUGAUGACUUAUCCAUAGCCAAAGUAAAGAUGAAGGACGAAUUAUCUCUGUCCUCCAAAACCAUGACAACUAUGCUUUAUUAGUGAUGAUAUGCUUACUACUAAUAGCAUGUGUUGAAAACACAUUUUACCUUUUACUCUUUUAAGUCAGAUUUAUGUUCAAGAAAAGAAAGAAAAAUGAUUAAUCAUAUUCUACUAAAACAACAUCACACCCUGUACACUAUUGUGAAUGCAUUUUUGGCGUUAGUGCUAUCAGGAUGAAAGGGGUAUAUGUUAUAGAAUGGGACCAUCUGCUUGUUUACAGCCACUGCCUGUGAAUUGUAAAAUCACAGUGCAUCUCUGAAAUGACUGAUACAAACAUACUGGAGGGGAUGUUUUCUCAGUUAAAAUGUGUAUUUGCACGAGGCCCAAAGUCUAUUUCUCUCAGCUGAGGAUGACUGCAGUAGUGUGGAUAUUCAUUCAAUUUUUGGAUGCUCACAUUGUAAUGAUGAAAAGGUCAUCAUCAAUCAACAGGUACAUACAAAUGCAGCUUUUGCUUGAAACAAAUGAGAGUAAAGUAAGCAUGAUUUAUGCUUUGUGCAAAUCUUCAUGUCUAUGGCUUUGGCUUUUGCGCCACACACUCAUCAGCAACUGCUUACUAUGUAACCCUUACUGUAAGAUGCCAAAGUACUAAAACAUUGUGCAUUGUCCGCUGUUUAUUCAAACCUGUUUUUCCCAAGGGCGUUGUUCAUUCAGACAUCCUAUGAUUUUGAUGUCCAAGAGGCCAUGGAAUAUAAAAUGAUGGAACUGAAACGAGGGUGAACGUUAGAAUACUAAUAAGUCCAUUGUAGUUUUGCCUCCCUCUCUCUCUUCCUUCUGUAAACAUUAUGCAUUGAGCAAAUGUGUUAAUACAGCAUGUAUCUAUAACAUUUUGUAAAUAGCAGCAUGUUUUAAAGAUAAAUCAUAAUUAUAUUGUGUAUGUGUGUUUGUGUCCAAUGUCAUUUUGAUAAUAAAAUGGAGAGAAAAUAUGCAUUGACUGCACAUUUUAUGUAUUUUCCCUUAAGGGUAUGGGCCUCAACGUAUGUCUGCAUUGUAUAUGGAUUUUACAGGCUAUUUUCUUGCCUGGAAUUCAAGUGUUGCUUUUUACUGUGUGGGUAUUCAUUUAGCAGACCAAAAUGCUGCAUGCUUGUUUUUAGUAUUUGUUAAUUGUAUUAUCCUUUCUAUCUGUCUACUGUGGUCAACCCUAAAUAUUUUACUAUAUACUGGGGCUACAAGUCAAAAUGCAAUAUUACUAACAUUUCCUGCUUUCACUUGUACAUGUGCAUGGUCUUUGAUGGCCAGGAUUUAUUGUGUAGUUAUUGCAAAAGGGCAACAUUCACUAGCUCUCUUGCUUUGUAAUUAUAAGUACCAUAAGUGUUUCCUUCGUGUAUCCUGCCAGAGGUUGUAGUAACCGCCUUAUCAAAAAUCAUUUGUAUCUGUUGUGUUGGGUUGACCAGUACUGGCCCAUUACUAAGUCAGAUUAUGGUACUACACAAAUUUAAGUCCAAGUACUAGACCAUACUUAGACUGUUUAGUGACAGGCUCAUGUUAUCAGAUCUAGCUCACUGUAUAGGAGUCAAAGCAUGGACUUGUAGCCCUCUUUCAAUACCUCUUACAUAUUUGUACCCUGAGUAGACCUCUGCUUUCUGUAACUCAUUGCUUAACAUAACAGUUAAACGUGUCUUUUUUAGUAUGUUGAUCAAAAUAAGAAGAAAAGCCAUACAACUUGAGCACUGAAACAUUAGAGCUCAUCUGUGAGGUUAGUAACCUAAAAUACUUCUUAGGUAUCUACACUCUGAGCAAAGGUAUAUUACUACUCAUAUAAAAACCUUAUAGAGAUAUUAACAGAGUGGCUGGUUCAGACUUUAUCACUUUCCUAUGACAGAAUUGCUUAAACAUGAUCUCCUGAAUAUGUAUAUUUAUAUGUGAAUUAUAUUAUAUUUGUUCCUCUAUAUAAUCACCUGUACCAGCUCUGUUGGAUUUUCACCUCACAUUAUAUAAUAUGUGUUUUGCUUAUAAAUAGGUACUUAACAUGAUAAUAGCGGUUAUGUUUACCAACAUUAUUGGCAUGACUUUGAGUUGAUAUUGUAAGAUAUACAUGCCUCUGCAUUUAUGAAAUCAUAUGACUGCUUGGCUUUUUGUGACGAUCAUAUACGUACUUAUGUUCGAAAAAGUUUAAAUGAACCUUCAGUCAUUCGUAUAAUUUGCACAACAAUGUUUUUUAAAUGUUAGCAUAACGAGCAUAUAGCAGCAAAAUAGUGACAUGUUAGUCGAUUGCAAAAUUGCAUUCGUUUUUCCAUGUCUCAGCACACAUGCUCUUAAUACUCUGAUUGCAAGUAUAGAGCUGAUUUGUAUGACCCAUACAGUAUAAACUCCAUUCCAGUAAAGCAGUUAUUACUCAAAAUAUGAGUUUAAUUGUGGUGAUGAAUGAAUACUGUUACUUCCGCACUUGUUUUCCAUAUCCCUAGUAUUGAGUAUGCUUGGGUUGAUUAUUAUUGUUUUAUAGACCAUUAUUCUGUCUAUUUUAAAUGAUUUAAAUUGUAUUUGCAAUAGGACCAAUAGCACCUGUGUUCUUCUAACGUUUUCUCAGUGGACAACAGAAACUGAGUGUUUUUUUUCUCAAAUUACUGCAAUGCAGGCAACAAAAUCCCUGUCUUCCUGGGUCUAUGGAACUCUUUUGAGCAUGGGGCGGACCCAAACAGUGCAGAGCUACAUUCGCAAUGCAAUACUGCCAACCUUGCUGCUUAAAAAAGAAAAACGGUUCUUCUUUAUGCAUAGCGUUUUGAUCCUCCGUGGUCACCAUACUAUAAGACUUCCAAAGAACUGUUCCCCUCUGCCUCGCCUCCUCACUCCCUCCUCUCCUUCUAUACUAUUCAACAACAUGGACAAGGGAAAUGCUUGAACUUGAUUAUUAUACUUUUUUUUGUAGAGGUGUGUGUAUGUGUGUGUCAGUAGUUGUGCCUUUUGUGGAUUGCAUGAUUUAUUUCCCUGCCAAGGAACAUGUUGUCCAGCAAAAAGAAUCCAAAUCCUCCAGCUCUUGUAUCAAUAUAUCAGUCAAUGUGAUAUUAUUUAGAACCUCAAGGGAACCAAAACAUGGAAUGUCUCAACAGACGUAUCUAUAUGUAAUCAUAGGAAAUAAAGGCAUUUUAAGUA